UCAGACUGUUUUGGUGUUUUCCCAGAUAGCAAAGGAGAGAGAAGCUGAGUUAUCAACUAAUAUAAUUUUUUAUUGAACAUUAUUUUUCAUUUGAAGGAUUAAGUCACACAGACCAGUCAUUAAAAAUAAGUCUUUUGUUAUAAAGACAAGUGACACGCUCUGUUUUAAAGUGAAGUCUUGUUUUAAAUUUGUAGCCGUAAUGCUCAUGCUGCAGAGACACAGACAGUGAGUGAGUGGGUUCGUUAGCCUAGCAAAGGAGCUGACGUUUGCGGCGGUUUUUUAUCGUACUUCGGCGCUUCGAGACCCACAUCUGCACUCGCUCCUGCUGGCACAGUGUUUCUGGAAAUAGUGGGAAUAAAGCGCCAUCCCGGGUCGUUUAUGGGAUUACCAUGUCCAUGAAGCAGGCCGGUGGUAACCGUAAACCUGGCGGAGCUGCCGCGGCCUCCGGCACUGGGGGAGGUGGAGGAGGAGCGGGCGGCCGGCAGAGCGCAGGCAGAGGCCGAAACAGUGUCAAAGGUCCUUCGUCCACUUCAUUGGCGUAUAGUGGAGUUUAUGCAAACAUGAGGAUGGUGCACGUCCUGACAUCGGUGGUUGGAACCAAAUGUGAACUGAAGGUCAGGAAUGGAGUUGUAUAUGAAGGAGUUUUUAAAACCUAUGGUCCAGAGUGUGAGCUGGUACUGGAUGCAGCCCACAGGAAAGGUCCGGAACCUGUCGUGGGUCCACGGCAUGAGGACAUCGUAGAAAGCAUCAUCUUCAAGGCCUCUGAUGUGGUGGUGGUUCAGUUCAAGGACAUUGACCUCAAUUACGCAAAGAAAGAUAACUUCACGGACUCUGCGGUCAGUGCCAGGUUAAACGGGGAACACAAGGAGAAAGACCUGAAGCCAUGGGAUGGUGGGGAGCAGCAUGGCUCUGACAGCCUGGAGUCUUUGGAUGCGGAUAUGUCCAAUGGUUGGGAUCCAAACGACAUGUUCAGGUUCAAUGAGGAGACAUAUGGUGUGAAGUCCACCUACGACAGCAGUCUGUCAUCCUACACAGUUCCACUGGAGCGUGACAACUCAGAGGAAUUCCUGAAGAGAGAGGCACGGGCUACUCAGCUUGCGGAGGAGAUUGAGGCCAGCGCCACCUACAAGGCCCGUGUGGCACUGGAAAAUGACUUGCGCAGCGAGGAGGAGAAGUUCACAGCAGUUGUGCGGGCUGAGCGCGAGUCACAUACACCCAGUGGCAGAGAAAACAAGUAUGUUCCUCCGGGUCAGAGAAACAAGGAGGGGCUGUCUUGGGGUGCUGGUCGGCAAAACUCGCCGCGAAUGGUGCAAAGCAACAAUAAUGUCCCAUCAACCCGCCCCGGGCCUCAUGACUACAGCCUGAGCUCUGCAGCAGAUCGUGUUCUCAAUGGAGGUGCCACUUGGCCAUCGCCCUGUCCAUCUCCUUCUCGCCCACCUUCUCGCUACCAGUCAGGUUCCACUUCUCUUCCACCUCGGGCCACCACCCCCACCCGGCCGUCCUCCAGGCCCCCUUCCAGGCCUACGCGUCCCCCGUCUCACCCCUCUGUUCACGGCUCUUCAGCUCCUGUCUCUACUAUGCCUAAACGCAUGUCCACAGAAGGACCCCUGAGAAUGUCCCCAAAGACCCAGCGCACCCCCAGAGCACAUCGAUUGUCUAGCUCCCGGGGUGGCAUUCCAUCAGGGGUGGACUUUAUACCCCACAGCGCUCCAGUAGAUGCAUCAAUCCCUCCUCCGGCUCACAGCAGCAUGUCAGGAGGCACUUGGUCUUCCGUUGUCAGUGGAGCACACAGACCCCGUUCACCCAAGCAGACCACCCUGGGUAGCAGUCCUGCUGGCUCCUGUCCCCAGGUUGGCACAACACCUAUCGACCCAGUUGCAGUACCUGUCUCACCUACUACUGCCAGUCUGGCUUCCAACCAAGCAAUCACCCCAUCCACAGAGGCCAAAGAGUCACGUGUGCAGGAGACACGACAGAUGUCCCCUGUUGCAAACAAGGAAAUUGUCAAGCCUGUUGACACGUCUCCCAGCAUAGGUCGGCCUGUUAAUAAAGGUCCUCCAGCCAUGGGUUUGGAUCAUAGAAAACAGAUAGACAAUUUAAAAGAAUUUAGUGUUGUUUUCAGACUGCAUCCAAGUUCCACUCCUGACCCUCUCUUUGACCCAGUGAUGAGCAAGCAACCACGGGACCCAGUGGAAAAAUCCAAAGAGUUUCUACUUGAUAAGGGAGUAGAGCCUGUUCCCAAGGCAAGCCAUGAGGCAUCCACUGGUGACAAAAUCGCUCCACCUCCCCCAGCCCCUACCAUGUCCACGGCCACACCCAACACCAGCAUCAGCCCUGGGAGCAGCAGCAGCCCCAGUAGUCCCAGCUCCUCUGCUUCGCCAGCCUCCGUUCUUUGCCCUGCACCUGAGUACAAGCGAGGACCUGAAGUCACAUCACAAGGUGUCCAAACCACUGGUCCUGGUAGCAAGCUCGAUGGACAGGAAGACAAAGAGGAGAAGAAAGAUUCUGUCCAAGAACAAGUGAGGAAGUCAACUCUUAAUCCCAAUGCCAAGGAAUUCAACCCAAGAACUUUCUGUACACAGCCUAAGCCAGCCACCACCCCAACACCACCGAGACCUCAGGGUCAGCCCAGCCCUUCUGUUGUGGUGCCGCAGCCACCCACGGUAUACAGUCAAACCGUGUGCUUCCCUCAGAUGUACCCGUUGACACCAGUUAGCCCAGGAGUCCAAAAAAGCAUUAUCUGGAAGCCUCCAGCUAUGUACCACGUCCAGGUGCCACACAUGACUGUGAGCCAGACUAAGCCCUAUAGAGCAGGUAAAGUACCUAGCAUGCCCCAGCAAAGACAGGACCAGCACCACUCACAAGGUACACCGACUAUGAUGCACCCAGCUAGUGCCACUGGGCCAUCCAUUGUCGCCUCCAGCCCAGCCUACUCGGCACAAUAUUUUACCUGCAGUCCGCAGCAGUUCACCAGCCAGACCUUAGUACAGCAGAUGCCCCACUACCAGUCCCAGGCACAGCAUGUGUUUAGCUCUGUGAUGCAGGGAAGUGCCAGAAUGAUGGCUCCACCCACCCAUGGCCAGCCCAGCCUGGUGUCCUCAUCCACUACCCAGUACGCAGAGCAGACGCAUGCUAUGUACGUGUCACCUGGGCCUAUCCCUCAGUCCUACAGCCACCCGAGUGCCACACUGCAUGCCCAGCACCCUCAACCAUCAGCAACUCCCACUGGCCAGCAGCAGCAGGGCCAGCACGCAGGGAGUCACCCGGCCCCCAGUCCUGUGCAGCAUCAGGCAGCCCAGGCCCUGCACCUGGGCACCCCUUCGCAACAGCAGAUGUACUCGGCACUGACCCCCACUCCGCCGUCCAUGAACCCUGGACCCAACACUCAGUCCACACAGGCCAGCUUCCCUUCAGCCCAGCAGGCUGUUUACAUCCAUACCCAGCAGGUGCAGCAUGGCUACAACCCCUCACAUAUGGCCCAUGUGCAGCAGGCUCACUUGCAAUCUGGAGUGGUGCCCUCCCACCACACGACUCCAUCUCACCCUCCUAUGAUGCUGAUGGCGACACAGCCACCGGGAGGUCCCCAGCAUUCCCUGCCGCAGAGUGCCCUGCCCCCCAUCCCUGUGUCUUCCACAGCGCACUUCUCUUAUAUGGCACACCCCUCAGUGCAGCCCCACCAUCAACAGCAAUUGUAGGGUCCAUUGAAGACUACUACGUCCUCUUCUUUCCUUCCAGGCCGUUUCCCAGAUCCCUGCAAUGAGACACAUGUUCUCUGACAAGGCUACACUUUUGCUUUCAUGUGCCAAUGGAUAGGAAUGCUAAGGCGAUCAAUUUGCAAUGAACAAAUGAUUGGAUCUAUUUGUUACAAAGGAGUACAGGAGUACCUCUAAAGUGGUGUUACAUUCAGCUUCCUGAACCCUAACUCUAUUCAGCUAGCUGAUAACUGGAACUUUCAUCUGCACUUUGUAACCUAAUAAAACUUCCAGCAUAAAGUAUUAACAAUGUUGCUGCUACUGCUACAUUCAAUUUGGGUAAAGGCUCAUUUCUUCUCACCAAACUUGAAACUAAACAAAUGUCUGUAAAAUUAACCUGUUUGGCAAAAAGUUGGACUAUUUAUGAAAUCAUUGUGGAGGUGACGCUUCUCCUGAAAGUUAUGUAACUAA